CUCAGGACCUCCUGUUUGCCAGGCAGGCACCGAGCGACAUUACCUGACCACUUGGCUCAAGAACCUUUGGAACUAGCUUGCAGGAAAGGGAAGAGUUAAGGAAAGGUUCAGAGAUGCCAGCUGAAAAAGUAGAGCUGGAACGCCUGGGACUAUACUGAUUCUGCUCAGAGCUCAGAAGACCUACUUCUAACCUUUACUAUCUACAAAGAACUACACUGUGCCCAUUUAAUAAUGAGACAAAUACUGACGUUAUAAAGUUACAUAACAUCCUACCAAAAACCGAGGAAAACCUGACAGUCAUUUCUUCAUUUCUAAUAUUUUUUAUUGCACUAAAUUUGCCUCCUUUAUACAGAUCCAAUUAAGGGUAUCUUAAUAUCUUAUUGAGAUAAAAAUGGGCUUCCAGGGGCCAGGGAUAGCUCAGUGGCACAGCACUUGCCUGGCAAGAGCAAGAUCCCGAGUUCGAGUCCCAGCACCAAAAAAAUGGGCCUCCAUGCUCAACUCCAAGAAACACAACACGAGAACAGCCAGGCUGGGGAACAAUUCUCACACACAAUUUGAUUAAAAGUUUCACACCAUACAAAACGUUUCUGAAAAGAGGUGGGUUACGUAAAACAAUCAGCAUAUUGAUUAAUGGAUAUGUAAUAAAUGCGGGAAGUCAGACAAGCAACUAUUCGGAACGAGGCAUUUGGAAAUCACAGGUUCGAGAGAAGGAGAUUUGAAUCCAAAUACCUCGCCAUAAACUACGGAUGUCUUCAUACGAACUGUAUUGCCACUGUUCUUUUCUGGAGCAUGGGGCUAUCCUGUAAACUGAGGCUAACUGUGGCACCCAUGUUGCAGAUAAACCACAGGGAGACUCUGCACCAAGGUGCUGAGAAGCAGACUCUAACUGUAAGGCCGGCGGGCCGAAGGAAAACAGUUUCAAAUCAUCCGUGGAGUCAGGGUUGGGAGCCGCUUAGGCUGGAAAAUAAUGACACAUGCAUGACGAAGCCAGCCUGAGAACACCGGAGCUCCUCGGAGGAAACAGGCCUUUGUAACCUGUUAACUGCUUGCUGCGCAGCGAGACAAAGUUAACGAACCUCUCCCGGGUGUAAGUAAUCGCUCUACCGUUUUGGGGCCGUCCUCCUGCUCAUCAGGCAAGAGGUAACGCCACCCGACCCCGCCUAUCUUUUAUUUUCUAAAUCCUCUCGCCGUUCCCCCCCGGGGACCAGGGAGAGACCACCGCGUCCCACAAGUCAGGUUUGAGUUCAGUUUACAUACGGCUUGCAAGUGAGAGGUACAAGGCCGGUAACAGGUUAUUGCAUGACUGCUUACAGGAAACGCCAGAAUUAUGUCAUACGCGGCCAGGCAGAGUUACGCAGACACAUCCUGGGAACGACGGGACGGUGUUCGUCCAGAGUUAAACGUGUCCUGGAGACGGGGCCGCCUUCCCCCAAACAGGACGGCCUUGAAGCCAGCUGGAGUCAAGGCGCGUUUUCUCAGUUACGGGAACCGGUCAGCUUGACCCGUCACGGUGAUGGGUAACGGCCGGGACCAGGCAGGCACGGUUUCCGGCUGAAUUCAGUAAGCUCCGAGACGGGCCGCUCUCAGGCCUGGGAGUGACUCCGAGGCUCUGCGGUAACACGCCCGCACACCGGAGUACCGCGCCGCGAUGCUGCUAUGAAAGCUCGCUCGUCCACGAUGACUGACGUGGAGGCCGUGGGCAGCAGUUUCACCUCCUCGUCGAGGACAGGCCGCCGCAACGCCCUGCCGGACAUCCGGAGCUCCGCUGCCCCCGGCGGGGCCUUGGAGCUGCCCCUGCAGCUGCAGAGCCUGUCGGUGAAGGAAGAUGCACAACAGAAGAAUGAAGAAACAGCACAAGACCAGCUGGAAAACCCCAAGGAAGAGGAAAAGUGAAGGCUCCUCACUUACCAACAGUGUGCACUGAUGCACAGGGAAGGACUCAGUGGCUGUGUUUCCUACGAUGUGUGGCACGGUGGUAACCGUGGUAACUUGGACGUGUCACACGAUUUCCUUGUGAUGCUCUUCCCUUGGACUGCAUCCAAGAUGUCUGAUGUAGGCUAUGAAGAGGCAAGUUACGUCCAAAGUGCACCCAAGAAAAAAGUUAAGAAUGUAGGUUAACUUAAAUACAUAGUAUUGUCUGUAAGCCCCCCAAAACCUGCUCUUCUCUUUUGAAUUUAUUUAGCCAGCUGUGUAUUUAAUUCUUUUUUUAAAUGGUGAUGGGAAAAGCUUUUCUUGGUGAGUAUAAUUCAUUUAAAACUCUGUAGAAUUUGUAGGCAAUAUAUUUUUGAUGAAAAGGAAUAAUAGAACACUCAAAAUUACGUGGAUACAGUGUAUUUAUUUUUAAUCAAUAUUGAUAUGGAUUUUUUUUUUCAAACUUUAAAAAAAUUUGAAAAUACUGUAAAAGUUUACAUCUCUAGGAUGUCUUUGGUAUAUUUUGCUUCUAAUCUGUGUAUACUGUGAUUUUUCAUGUAGACCCUUGGAAUGUAACAUUUGUGACAAACUCUUUAUAUAGAACAUGCCUAUUAAAUGAAUUUCACUAUCUUCCUUAA